CAGAUACACAAAUUUGUCACAGCAUGGUUAUGGUUUUUAUUAUACGUUGUAUAUAGGUAUUAUGAUAUUACUGAAAAAAUCUAGAUAUGGGUAAAAAAUUUAAAUAAAUUCUCCGGAUGAGGUCCGAUUCCGGUUUGCCGGGUCGUUAAACCGAUGAAACCCCUAGGCCGGGAUGAGAUCUACGAAAAAGGCGGGAACACUAGCAUCCUUGUAUUCAAUUUCAACCACACCUGGGCCACUCCACCCCUACAGUAAGCUGUAAGCGUCUAAGCGAAGUUGAUCAAUUUGAAACUACUGGAUAUGGCAACAAUCGGAUGGUACGGACCUCUAAUCGAUCUCUCACAAGCCUCUUCUCACAGUGGUCAUUUCGUUCAACUUCUUGUGCUUGUUCAUAACACCCUUCCUGUACAGUAUAAAACUUCAGGAGGCGGAAAAGUAAUCAGGACAGACAUUCAAGUCGGGGACGAUACACGUCGCUAUUUCCCUGUUUCCAUAUGGCAAAAGCAAAUGGAAUCCAUGUUAAAGCCCGGAAAUAUUAUUCUGCUACAGAAUGUCAAAGUGACCCAAUAUGGAGAUGUUGUUGAGGCCAGAACAGUUCAACAGUCAUCCAUACAAUGCUUGGUGGAUAGUUAUGAGGAAAUUCAUUCUAAAGGUGAAAACAACUUGAUAAAGGUUAAUCAUAUUGGAAUUGCAACAAAGGAAAAGCUUAAGAAAGUUGUUGCAUGGGUGGUGAGAGUAGAACCUAUUCCCAAUAAGCAUCUGUUGCACAACUACAAGAGGAAUCAGAAUCUAACAAACUGGAAACUCCAUGAAGAGACACAACAUAAAGAUUGUUUAUCUCUAUCAGAUGUAUCCAAACUAAACGAUUCAUGCAAUGCAUCCUUUUUUGCAUCCAUUGGUGAAAUGUUUCUGCCUAUUAUGGGUGAGUUUGAGGAGGAAAGAAUGUUUAUCAGAAGUAGAAUAUUCUCAUCAGCUUACAAAAACCUAACUGAAGAUCUCAUUUGUACUGGAUGUCAGUUAUGUGGUGCUCCUUUAAAUUCUGAAUUUGGAUCAAGAAUUGAACAAGAAACUGUUCCACUCUAUUGUCAGAAAAGCUCUAAUCGUCUCCAUGUUGUAAGCUUGAUUUACAGACCUUUUUUGUUAUAUGUGUGGGAUGAGUCAGCAUAUGUUCCUAUUGUGGUUAAAAACAAGGCUGCUGAAAUCUUGGUUGGAAACAUAAAAGCAGAGAGUGUUCACUCCACCUACCAAACGCAAAAGCAAGGAUGUGGUCAAAGGGCAAAUAAGUCCAUGGAAGAACAUUGUGAACAAGGUCAGCAUCAGCCCAUUGAAGUGAGUUAAAUGAUAUAAUAAUGAGAGGACCCACCCUCUCAUUCAUCACAAGCUUCUCUCAUGUAUAUAAAGAUUAUUUAUUUAUUUAUUUUUAGAACGGCAGAGUUAGAUUAUGUUAGUGGUUCGAGUCGUGCAGUGACAUCCAAGCGGACAAUAUGUCUUUCCCGAACCUUCACCAUGGGGAAUUAUCUAAUUAUCCCUUUACCCGCUUCACCUAUAGAAAAGCCUUCAAGAAGUCUCGAACCCGAGACCUCCCAAAAGAAAACCACCCAGGUAACCCUGAUGGCCAACUGAUCUAGAAGUUUGAGAACGUGCAUUCAGUUUUUACAUUAACAUUUUAUUUUAACUGGAAUAUUAGAAACGAUAAUCAAAAAAAAGCUUGAAAAUAUGAGAAAAUUUUGAUCAAAUGGUUACAAAUA